CGUUGCGCUGUUCACAGUUUCAAGUAGACAUUCAGACAGUAAAGACAUCGAUCAUAAUUAUAAAACAGUUUUUGUACAAACUAAUUUGUGAUAGAAAAAAGUAACAGAAUUUAAAACCAAAGCCGACGACGAAAAGUUAUUGUGAAAUUUCGUGUUUUUAGGUGAAUUUAAAGGAAAAAAAAAUCAAUUGAAAUGGCUGACAGUGCAAACAAGAGAAAUAUUCCAAUUAAAUUGGGAGAUUUCAGUGUAAUCGAUACAGAAUUCUCAAGCAUUCGGGAACGAUUUGAUAGUGAAAUGCGUAAGAUGGAAGAAGAAAUGGCCAAAUUCCGAUCAGAGCUGAUGAAUCGUGAAGCUAACUUCUUUGAAUCAACUACCAGUUCAACAACUAAAAAAACAACGAAAACCAGCACAACCAACCAACACAACCAAUCAUCAGCAUUAUCGCCACAUAAAGCACCCCGACAGAAUUACAUGUCCGAUUUGAAUUCACCCUUGAUUCAGGAGGAUGGCGACAACAAAGUAUUGAAAUUGCGAUUCGAUGUCAGCCAAUACGCCCCCGAAGAAAUUGUUGUAAAAACAGUGGAUCAGAAGCUAUUGGUUCAUGCCAAGCAUGAAGAGAAGUCAGACACCAAGAGCGUUUACCGAGAAUACAACCGUGAAUUCUUGCUACCGAAGGGAGUCAAUCCAGAAUCAAUUAAGUCUUCACUCAGCAAAGAUGGUGUACUCACCGUUGACGCUCCGUUGCCACUUCAACUGACCGCUGGCGAAACGAUGAUACCGAUUGCACACUAAAGAAAAAGAAAAACAAGAAGAUUACUAAGCCUAAUGAUAUUGAAUGGAAGAAACACUAAAACUUAACUAUAUUUAUAACGAUAAACAAACAA